AUUUUCAUUUCAUUUCGACUCUUGCUUGACAUCUCAAAUUUUGUCGUCGAGAUCUUUCCACAUCCAACGUCUCAAAAACUGGUACCAAAAAAAUUAAAGCCAGAGCAGAUUCGAUCAUUAGAGGAGGAGAGAUGUCAUCGACGGCCAAUGAUCCGCGUCAGCCAUCGGCGGCGAAGCGCUACGUGCCGUCAGCGGUGGCGCCGCAAGAUCUUCCAGUGGAUUACUCCGGUUUGAUCGCCGUCGUCUUCGGUAUCGCCGGCGUCAUGUUUCGCUAUAAGCUGUGCUCGUGGCUUGCCAUCAUAUUCUGUGCCCAAUCACUGGUCAACAUGAAGAACCUUGAAAACGACAUCAAACAGAUCUCCAUGGCCAUGAUGUUUGCUAUUAUGGGAUUGGUAACCAACUACUUUGGACCUCCUCGUCCGGGCACACAAAAGAGUUGAAACUCCUUGGACGAAAGAGUUUAGAUGUAAUACUAAGCGGUUUUUCUUUAUCUGGUUAUGAUUUUGUUUUUCUAGAUGCAAACUGUUGGUGAAGUUUGAUGGACCAAUAUGAAGGCAAACUAAUGUGCUUCUUAUAUCUAUUCUAUUGAAGUUUUUAAUUCUUUCCUAGUCUGCAGUUCAUCUGUCUUUUGGUGUUUUCUCAUGCUAGUGCUCCUUUUAAACUCAAAGAGAUGGGCUAUGUAAGCCCUACCAUGUCAAAUUAACUGGCACUUUAUGAUACAGUUGUUUGAGGAUU